GCGUAUGUGUGUUUGUUUAUGUGCGUCUUCGUAGAAAAGCUUCUGCGUGUAGGGAUGCAGAGGUAGCAUUCUCUCUGUCGUCGGGUGGAUCGUCUGCCUCGUCCUGUGUUCCUGGGCCGAACGCAGAGCGGUCUCCCCUCUCGCGUUUCUUUCUUCUUCCUUGCAACCUCUCGCCAUGGCGGAGUUCCACCUCGCCGCCUCGCAGGUGGCGGAAAUGUCGGUGGAGGAACUCCACGAGCAGCUUCAGCGACUGCCUCGACAGGACUGGCCUCGCGCGGUCGCUCGACUUCCAGUCGAGAAGAAGAGGGAACUGUGUCGCCUCCUCUCGCGGAGACACACUGAGAAAUCGAGAGCUUCUCCCUCGUCUCCCACCGCUUCUUCCUCUUCUUCCUCCUCUGCCUCUUCUCUCGCUUCGUCUCCGAAGGCGCUCCACACCUCUGAGGCUGCGAGCGAAGGUGUCUGUACACCUGAGCCGUCUGACUCGGCGGCACAGGGGUCUCGAGCUCGCGAACCGCCCUCUGCUUCGGCGGGAGACUCCCAGGCGACAUGUCGCGCGUCCGGACGCCUCCAGCCAGCUGUCGCUGCGCGGGAGAGGAGACCGGAGAGUGUGGAGCCGCGAGGCCGAAAUUUCGUUAAGAGCGAGCGGCAACUCUCUCCCUCGGCUGGCAACAAAGCGUCUUCGAGUGACCCCGCCUCCAGGCUCGCCCCUCGCUCCGGUGUAUGUACAGUUCACAGCGAGAAGAAGCGGAAGACGCAUCCGUACGGACUUCCGUCGCUGCCUCUCUCAGGUUUCCUCCCUCUGCUCUGUCCCCCUGCCUGGGGCUUUGACCUCUGUCGUUCCGCGCCAGCAGCGUCCUCCACUCUCACGCCCCCUUCUGCUUCUUGUUCGUCUUCCUCCUCUUCUUCCUCGUCUUCUGCGUCUCUGUGUGGGCGUCGAGGAGAGGAGGGAGACUCAGAGAGAUUCGUCACGUUUCGACGACAGCUGUUUGCGGGGCUUCUGCAGCCGUCGUCUCCGACCGCGACUUUGUUUCGACCUCUGGAGGAACUGGCCUUUGUCUCGGGACUCAUCGAACGGCUGCGAGAAGAGAGUCAGGACCCUCUGCCUUCGCGCAGCAUCCCGCCUCCCGCCCUGGCGACGCGCGUUCUCGCGGUGUAUCUACACUGCUGGCUCGCUGCGUUUCUCCAUGCGUUCCACGCCGACACCGUCUUCGCCUACUGCACCUGUCCGGCGAGCGAAGUUGAGGAUCGAGACGGCUCUCUCGGUUGCUCCUCUCGCGCUGGAGGCGACGCGAAGGGCAAGCUUGCGUUCUCCGACAACGACGACGAGGCGACGCGCGAGCCAAGAAGGAGAGCACUCUCUGGGGACUUCUUCCGCGCGCCGUCCAAGUGUCGCGGGUGUCUCGCCGUCACCAAGAGGCUGCAUGGAACGGCCAACUGGCGGCGGUUCCUCGAAAGAUACUUUCCUGUUGAAGUGGCGCGCUUCGCCUCCGUCGCCUCCGCCCAUCAAUCUGCAGCGCGAGCCUUGGCGUCAAAUUCCUCUUCUCUCGCUUCUUCGUUUUUCUCUUCGUCUUCCUCUUCUCUCUCUUCUUCUUCCUCUUCUCUCUCUUCCUCUUCCUCUUCCCUCUCUUCCGCUACCUCUUCCCUCGCUUCUUCUUCGUUUUCUCUGCUGCCUCUUCCACUGCGUCCGCAGUACGUAUGUGUGGAGCAGCCGUCGGCGUCCGAACUUUCCUCCGCAACCGCAGACCUCAGUCCUGCGGAGAGAGGCCUCAGAGCGGCGGAGGCGGCCCAGCGGCUGCUGCAUCCCGAGAGGCGAUUCGAGGAGCGCCUGGAGCUGCUGCAUGUUCGAAGUCGCAGCCUGGGUGCUCCUGCGUACAGACGCUUCGCAGAGGCGCGCUCGAGGCAACUGCUCAGAAAGACGCUCCAGGCUCUGCCGUUCCGCACUGCCUUUGCGCAGCUCGCGACGCAUGUCUGGGCGCUUCCAGCGAAGCCGCCGCCUGUCGACGCAGUCCGCGGGGAGGCCGAGAACGAAGCGACGAAGAAGCCAAGGACCUCUGCCGCAGAAAUCCCAACAUCCGGAGCCAAGGAACGUGAGGAGGACGCGAGAGAAGGCGGAGAAGACGAAGGCAGAGGACGGGUGGCAGGCGUCGUGCCAGCCGGGCAAAUCACUCAACUCUUUCUCUUCAUCGUCAACGACCGCCUACAGACCUGCGCCGAGCUCGCGCUGAGGUGUAUGUACACCUGGCGAGAGCAGGCCCAAGGGAGGAGCGACGAGGCGAGAGUCGCGGGGGAUGCACAGGAGACGAAUGCGUUGUUUUCCAGUGCAGACUUUAGGCAGAGUCCAGAGAGGCAGAGGGCCUUGCUGUCUCUCGGCGCGGUCGCGCGGGGCUGGGGGCUGGCGGAGCCACUUGAGGCAGGAGACGGCGAAGCGCCCAGGAACGCGACGCGAGACAAGCGAGACGAAGAACAGGGAGCCGCUGUGGCAGCAGCGGCUAACCUUCUUUUUCACUGCGUCGAUCAGCCUCUGUUCAACAUUCUUGGCUCGUUUCCUCUCUUCUCGUCUGCCUGCGCGGUCGUCGACGUCAGUUCGAAGAAGAAAAAGCGCCGUCCGUCUUAUUCGCCUUCCUCAUCGCCUUCUUCCGCGUCUUCUUCCUCCUCGUCGUCUUCUGUUUCUCCCGCUUCUUCCUCUUCCUCGUCUCCUUCGUCGCGUUCUUCCUCGUCCUCUCCACAGGAGCAGAACCGAGAACAUAUGCGUUCUGCUUGGUUCUCUUCUGUGAAAGUGGAAGCGACAGGCGCCGCGAAGGAGAGAGAAAUGGGUCUCCGCGAGUCGCAGCAGGCAGAGGGAGGACGUGACUCGCGGCGGAACGAAGAUGAGUUCGUCGGUCCGUCUCGCCCGCUGUCGGACUCCCUCGUCCCUGCCAACGCAGAGGAAACAGAAGGAUCUGCUCGCUGGUCGGCCCUCAUCGACGCGGCAAUAGAUUUCUGCGUCCGCAGAGAAGAGGAAACGUCACCUGCUUCUUCGCCUUCUUCUCCUUCUUCCUCUUCUUCCUCUUCUUCCUCUUCUUCUCCCGCGUCCUCUUCGUCGCGCCAGGGAGAGACUGGGGGAAGGAAAGGACGCGGGUGCAAGCGUCGACGCAGUCGGAGUGACGAAGAAGGGAGCGAGGAGAGAGACGCAGAGAAGGAACAGAACGAAAAGAAAGCAGAGAAAGGAAAGAAAGAAGAGAAAGAAGGCGACAAGUGGAGGCUGCCAGGAAUCGAUUUGUGUGGAGCGUUUGUCGCUGUGCGCGUGCAGCAGCUCUGGACGGCAAGUCAGGGCCAAGGGGAUUGCCGAGAGAUGAUCAACCAGGCUCUGCGAGAGUGGCGCACUGCAGGCGCUGCCUUGGCCUCCGGCAGUUUGCCAGACGAGGGGAAAAGCGAAGAUGGACGAGGAGAAGUCUGCGAAAUCCAGGAAGAAAGUGACGCAUGCACUCAGUCUGUCAAACUCCUCCUCUCCCUCCAUAAGCAGCUACGUCAGAUGUACGAACACAUGGCGGCCGCGAGCAGGAUGGCUGCUUUGCUGUCGCUUCUGCGGUCCUCUUCGCCCCGUGUUCAGCAGCCGCGGUUUCUCAGUAUGCGCGAGCUUCUGGAUGUGAACUGCCUCUUGCAAGCGCAGGCUUCGCUCCUCUCUCGGAACGCCUCGCGCUUCCUCUCACGCACCCGCAAAGCCUCAAAAAGGACGGCGAAAAAAGAAGAAGAGGGAGAAGAAGGAGAGCGAGAAGAGGCAGACUAGGGCGUGGAAGCAGAAACCGGAGAAGCAGAGGGAGCGAAAGGUGAAGUGACGCAGAGACAGUGAAACGCGUGCAAUGGGGAGGACGGGAGACGAAGCAGAGGCCGGUUAGAAGAUAUGCCAAGAGAAGAGCUGAGGGAGAGAAGAGCUGAGGGAGGAAAAACGACGGGAGAAAAGAGAGGACGAGGAAUAAGAUAGGGGCGACAACACUCAAAAGCGAGAGAACGCAUGCAACCAAGAGAUGAAGGAACCGUACAAACAGCGACAAGUGGAAGGAGAGAA